AUCAAUAACACGUUCCUAUUAUCGCAAUUCUGUGGGUGGAUUACUGGUGUUCGACAUCACGAACCGACGAUCUUUUGAACACGUGAAAGACUGGCUAGAAGAAGCAAGAAUGCACGUGCAGCCUUUUCAGAUUGUGUUCCUGCUAGUAGGACACAAAUGUGACUUAGUGUCACAGCGUGAGGUGACGAGAGAAGAAGCUGAAAAACUGUCCUCUGACUGUGGUAUGAAAUACAUAGAAACUUCAGCAAAAGAUGCCACGAAUGUUGAAGAGUCCUUUACGAUUCUCACACGAGAUAUCUAUGAACUUGUGAAAAAUGGAGAAAUCUCCAUACAAGAUGGAUGGGAAGGUGUCAAGAGUGGCUUUGUUCCAAAUGUUGUACAUUCCUCAGAAGAAGCUGUAAAGCCCAGAAGACAGUGCAACUGCUGAAUUUGUAGCAUGCCAAAGAGCCCCUUGGGUGUUCAGAAGAUGAUGCCAACCUAAAUGACAGCAUAAUAAUUUUGAAACACUAUUAGAUCAUGAUGUAGCUGAAUCAUAGAACAGUAAUUUGGUUUUGUAUCCUUCUGUCUAGGUCAUAACUUCAUAAAAGUUUUAAGUGCUUUUUAUCUUUGCAGAGUACCAUAACUUUGUGUGGUCUUCAGGAAAAGAAAUGUUACAUUGCUAAAGAAAAAACUAAUCCUAUGGCAAGACACCGAGAAAGCGCAAUAAUCAUUGUCGUGACAUCAUCCUUGCUUGGGCUUUGUAUUUUGAAUGCUGUUUAAAAUCAAGGCUUGCUAGGUGAGGACCAGAUGAGCUCGUUACUUUUCUUCAUCCUGCCUUAGCUUUGAACAAGAAAAUAUUAUACCUUAUACUUUUUUAAUGUGAUUCUUUACUCAAGUGCAGGGUUGCUAAUGACCAUUAAUGUUUAGAAUGCUGUAGAAUUUGAUAAUAAAGAUAAUUCUAAAGAAAGCAA